UUUAUACAAGGUUUUGGAAUAAAUGGAUUAUCAAAGGGAUUUUUUGAGUGAAGUUAGGGAGAGUUAUGAUGUUUUGUUGAGUCCUCACCAGAAUUUAGAUGCUAAUGGGAGAGUUACAAGGAUUGCAUUAAUUACCAAAUUCAAGAAAAGGAGAAAUCGUACUAGAAAUAUGAGGGACACAGAAAAAGAAAUUAACAAUCAAGACAUCAUCAGAUCCCUUUCCAAGAGCAAACUUCUCCCAGACUCUGACUAUAAAAGAGGCAAUUACACCGGCAACACAAGCUACAAACCUGGUGACAAAAGAGCUGUAUCUCCUCGAAGGCAAAGACAAGCUCUACGUAGCUCUUCAAAGAGGUCAUCUUUCUUCAGAGGAAACACAACUCCGAUGGAGGAGUUGAUAAAAUAUACACAAAAGGAUAAGAAACAGCCACAAGAUGAUUCCGAAUCUGAGCUGUUUACUGACAGUGACCUGAAGGAUAUAGAAGAGGAGGAUAACCAUGAAACUUUUGAAGAUAUUUCAGAAAGCAAUCACUUUAAGAAGAGAAGUCAGACUAAUGUUAGAUUUGAGUUCUCACCUAGAAUUGAGAUCGACAAGAGCAGCUUCAAAAAUCCAAUUUCUCCUAUUCCUAAACAUGUAAAACUAGGGAAGGUUAAUAAACCUUUAAACUUGAAGAUAAAAGCAAAUCCUUGCUUACCCUUUCCAAAAACUAGCCGCAUUCAAGUUCAGAAGGAAAUGAAAAAGUCAGGAAGGGCUAUUCUCAAAAAGCCAAAUAUGAAAAUUGCAAUUUCUCCAGUGAUGCCUCGGAUGAAAAAUCAACAGAAAGACCUUCAGCAGAAGAUGUCAAUAUCAUCUAUAUCUUCUAUUCAUGGCAAACAAGAGGUCAAAAAUAAUUCUAGAAACAAAUCUAAACCAUCUAAGUGCAAGAAUAUAAACUAAGAACAGAGAAUCACCUAAUCCUAAGCCAAAUGAAAACCAGGCAAGA